GCUCCUGUCCUCGCGAAAUCGGAAGAGGUGAGAAAACGCCAUGAAGAGCCGAGGCCGCGGCCGCGCGAAGCCUUCCUUCGCCCCUCCCCCCCCGCCGCCGGGCCUCCGCCAGUUCGGCGGCGCCGGCGCCGGGGGCCGCGACUCCGACGCCAGCUUCGCCAGCAGCCGCCCCUCCUCCGUCGGCGUCGGCCGCUCCUCGGCAGCCGCCGACCUCGUCAACGACCGCUCCUACCGGCAGUCCGCCGGCCGCGCCGUCAUCUGCUACCUCUCCUCUCACGUCUUCCGUCCUCAUCUAAAGGACAUCACCGCCAUCUUCAACUUCGUCAUCUCUCAGCUCGACUACCCGAACCCUAAGAUGGAGGACGACCUCCCCGUCCUCCUCCGGUCGCUCAACUGCCCGUUCAAGGUCAACAAGUCGGCCCUCCGCACGCCGGCCACCCCCCACGCCUGGCCGACCUUCGUCGCCGUCUUGCACUGGCUGGUGCAGAUCGCGUCGUACAACGAGCACUUGGCCUCUAAGUCUCGCUCGUUUGGGGAUAACAACACCAUGGACGAGUAUGCGCUCCAGAGCUACCUGCAUUUCAUCGGCGGAGACGACGACUCCGUCGAUGCGCUGGAUAGGGAGUUUGUUGAGAAGUUGGAGGAGGAGAGGAAUAACCUCGCCGAGAACGUGAAGCGCUUGGAGAAGAACGCCGCGGAAGUCGAGGCGAGGGUCGAGAAGCUGAGGACGGGGCCGUCGGAGCGGGAGCUGCGCGAGCAGGAGAAGAGCGUGCUCGAGGGAGACGUGAAGAAGUUCAAUACGAUCAUAGGGGAGUUCACGGCGAGGAACUCGGCGCUGGAGAAGGAAUUGGAAGAGAAGGAGAAGGAGCUGAGGGCCAAGGACGAGGAGAAGGGGAGGAUCUGCGAGGAGAACGAGGAAUUGAAGAAGACGAUCCAGCUGCAGAGGUUUAAUUCGAGGGACGCGGAGAGGAUGAAGAAGGAGCUGCAGGCGGUGGAGGGGGAGAUCGCCGAUGCUGAAAUCGAGAGGAACAAGUACGAGGAGAGGUGCUGGGAUCUUGACCGGACCCUCGCGCUCAAAUUCAAGGAGCUCGAGGAACUUGCCAAGGAAUGCAACAAGGCUGUCCGGAAGUUAAAGCUUGGUUCAGAUUACCAGUAUAUGUUGAAUGCAAAAGGGUCUACACCUGCGGAGGUGAUGGGCAUUGACUACAAGUCGACACUGAAGCCGGCACUCGACAUGCAUGCCGAUGACAUAAACAAAAGCUCGGUGGAGAAACUUGAAGAGUUAAUCAUCCUUCAGCAGCAGUCCAAAGAAACUGCUGCUAGAAUCGAGGAGAAGAGAAACCGUGUUUUGCAACUUCAUUCACGUGUUGAUGAACUUGAAGGUCAAAUGAAUCUACUGAAGCAAGAAAUGCAAGACUACAUUCACAGAUGUGCACUGGAGGUGCAAAGGAUGGUGGAGGAUGUUGAAGUAGAAGCUCAUAACUUGAACAUCGUGGAAAGAGAAGCUGCAGAGGUCUUGAAGACAUCUAAAAUAAAGCAGCAGGAAGCCAUCAAAGAAAGCGAAGAAGAAAUCCAGAGGUGCGCUUUCGAGCUCUUUUCACUGGUCGAUAUGGUCUCAAAGCACAAAGAGUAUAUGGAAUGCAAAAUCUCGGAGAUGAAGACCAAUCUCUCGGAGACUGCUAAUUCUAUCUCGGCGGACUACAGAGCCUCCUUGCCUGCACAAAUGAGUUCGGUGAUUGAAGCAUGCGAAUCAUCAAAAACAGAAAGCUAUACGACACCAUCGUAAAUCCUCGUUUUCUCGGUCUUUUUUGUUUUCUGAUCAAGCAACUGCCGUUUCAUUGCUUGCUUCUCAACCGACUGGUCUCUCUGCGACUUGGGUACACAAUUGCCUCAUUAUGUAUAUGCCUUAUUGUACUUAAACAAGCAGAUGUGUCUUCUAGUCUUGCGAAAAUGAAAUUGUCAAUCCAGUCAAAACUUUGCAGGGUUGUUUUUAUUGCAA